AUGUCGGUAUUUGAGUCAAUAAACAACGAUUUUCAAGGUGUUUACAGGUUUUGAAUGCCAGAACACAAUCAAAACCCGUUAGGAGUGUUUAAAAGUGAGGCAUGAAUCAAAAACGAAUCAACUUUAUUAGAAAAGAGCCAGUUUUUGAUAACUCAAAAUUAUCUUGUACAGAUUAUUCCAAACUCAGUUGGUAGAAAAACUUUACUUGAUUGGAAAAUUAUUGAGCCUUUUACAGAAGACAAUGGGGAGGUGACUAGAUAUGGAUUUUCUGUUGGCCAUAGAGGUUGCUCUCAAGACUUUUAUGUGGAAAGCGAAGAAAACCUUGAUAUAUGGAUUAGUCAUUUGUCUAAAAAAGGCAUAAUGACAGAUUUUGAAAACGACUUUACAAUAGUAAAGGAGAUCGGAAACGGCAGCUUUGGCACUGUUUAUCUGGUCGUCAGCAAUGAGACUUCUGAAUUAUUUGCAAUGAAAUCCAUAAAUAAGCACAAUAUCGGCGGAAGCCUGUCUUGCCUCAAUAAUCUUGUGAACGAAAUAAAAUUUAUGAGAACUCUCAAUCAUCCCAAUAUUGUAAAGCUCCAUUAUGUUUAUGAAAGCCCAACUCAUAUAUAUUUACUUAUAGAUUAUGUGGAAGGAGGAGAUCUUUUUAAUCGGAUAAUAAAAAGAAAAGUUUUUGAAGAGAAAACAGCUGCUAUGUUUGCGCAAAAAUUUUUAGGAGUACUUGACUAUUUAAGCUCUUUUAAUAUUGCUCAUAGGGAUAUUAAGCUAGAAAAUAUUCUUAUGCUGAGUGAGGAGAAUGAUUAUGAUUUUAAACUAGCUGAUUUUGGCUUGGCAGCAGAUGCAACUGAGAAAUUGUCGCUUCGAUGUGGAUCUCCUGGAUAUAUAGCGCCUGAAGUACUGACUUCCCCCCUCCGUAAGCGAACAAAAUCAUUGGAAAAAUCAUUAUUUUUUGCCAAAAAACCCACCCUCCAUGAGCGAAUAAAAAUGCUUUAUGGAAAAAUAUUUGAUAUACAAGUGAUAACUAGUAUAAUGAAAUCUCAAGCUAAUUCUGUUUAAUUUUAAAUAAAUUGCGUUUUAAAACAUAAAUUUUACAAAUUAAAUCAAUAUUUGCUUUCCAAUUUUGCGAAGUGGGAUUUUUUUAAAUUUUGAAAAAAAAAAAAAAAUUCUAUAAAAUUUCUAUAUAAAUUUUUUAAAAAUGUUCGCUCACGGAGGGGGGAAGUGAGAAAAAGCCCUUAUGAUACAAAAGUCGAUGUUUUUAGUGCAGGGGUCAUAUUAUAUAUUCUACUUACUCCCCUUGUAAUGAGCAAAUUCUUGCUUAUUCGCGGGGGUUUAGCAUAGAAUUUUAAAAUAGUAAAUUUAUAUAUUAAUAGAUCGAAUUUGUAGGGAAAUGCCAAAUUUUAUUUUCAAUGUUAUUUUAAGAUCCUCAAAUUAAUUCUAUAAAGUUUAUUUUUUAUAAAAUUGUGAAAAACUUCUGACGAAUAAGCAAGAAUUUAAUUAUUAGUGGGAAGUUAGUGGCAAAAUGCCGUUUCCUGGCAAAAAUUUGCAAGACACUAUAAUGAAAAAUAGGGAUUGCAAGAUCUCUUUUUUACAUCCUUCUUGGAAAAACGUGUCUAAAUAUGGAGCUGCAUUGGUUUUGAAGCUAACUGAGCCAAUUCCAAAUCUUAGACCUUCAGCAAACGAAGCCUUAAAAAGCCCUUGAUUUGCUCGACAAUUAAAUCCAGCUCAAUUAGCAUCUGAGGAGCCACCAACAUUAAGGGCGCUUUCUAUUAGACCCAGCGAACAAAUUUAA